ACCCCCUUCCUCGUCGUCGCAAACCCAAAUUUCCAAAUCCAAAUCGAGACUUUCCCCAGCAGUAGUUCCACACUCCAUUCCCAAUCCAAUCCUUCCUCCUCAGAUUCACCAGCCAGGAGAUCGGAUCGGGGAUCUGAUCGGCGGCGGAGACGAUGCACGGCGGGGGAUCAUCGGCGUCGGACGAGGCGGCGGCGGCGGCGCUGGAGCUGCAGGAGUCCGGGUGGGAGGAGCUGCGGCGGGAGGCGCGGAAGCUGGAGGGCGACCUCGACGUGAAGCUCUCCUCGUACGCGCGCCUCGCCGCGCGCUCCUCCUCGGCGUCUGCCUCUGCCUCGGCGGCGGCGUCCUCUUCCCCCACCGCCGACCGCUCCUCGUGGAAGUCCACGGAGCUCGAGAUCCAGGCGCUGCUCGACAAGCUGCAGGACGUCAACGACGCCAUGAGCCGCUGCGCCGCCCCCGCCGCCCCCGCCACCUCCGUCUCCCAGAAGCUCGCCCGCCACCGCGACAUCCUCCACGAGUUCACCCAGGAGUUCAGGAGGACGCGGGGGAACCUGAGCUCCAUGAGGGAGCACGCGGAUCUCCUCAGCUCCGUGCGCGGCGACAUCACCGAGUCCAAGGCUACCGGCGGCAUGUCGCCAAGGGUACAUUUGCUCAGGGAGAGGUCUUCGAUCCACGGCAGCAUCAACCAGAUCGAUGAGGUGAUUGGCCAAGCUCAAAGCACAAGAUCAGCCCUAUCCAAUCAGAGAGCCUUGUUUGGAGAUGUUCAGGGAAAAGUCAAGCAGUUGGGUGAAAAGUUCCCUGUAGUCCGAGGCCUUCUAGGUGCCAUCAAGCGGAAGAAAUCGAAGGACACGAUAAUUCUUUCAGCAGUCAUCGCGGCCUGCACCAUAUUUUUGAUCAUUUACUGGCUCUCAAAAUGAUGGGAUUCGAUGUUGAAAAAUGCUUGCUCUCGGGAAAGGCUUCCCCUCUCGGCACAUCAUAGCUGACAACUGAUGGCAUGAUAAAGACUUUGGGAUGAUUCAUUUGUUACAGCUAGGACAAGGGUUUAGGAGAUUCCUCCACUGUCUUUAGCUUUCGUGGAGUAUCUUGUUUCUGGAGAUCUCCCUCAUCAUGCAUAUGUAGAGCAAUUUUGCUUCCUUGAAUUGCCUGUCAGACCACGCUGGUUGAGUAAAUAUGAUGGCAUGCUUCUGUACUUUGUCUCGCAAUGUGUUUGCAGUUUGCACAUACGUUCUUCUGGAAUGCCAGUUUGCUGUUGUUGGUUUC